GGAUCAGACGCUCCAUAUUUAGCUGCAGCGAGUCUCGCAGAGGCUCUGAGUGUUUGAGAAAGCGGGCAGAGAGAGAGUUCUGCUUCCAACUUACUUUAUGUGACCACUGGCGGAAAACCACGGGAAUACGCGCUUAUAAAAAGCCACUAGAGCCGAGAGCGAAAUUCAUGGCAGACCGGGGACUUUAAGCGAAGACACGACUGGAUUUUUGUUUCCUCUCAGAUGGGAAUGUAGCUUAGCUGGUUAGCCUGGCCACUAGCAGUAGCAAGUUAGCUCUGUCGAAGAGCGGAGGCGACAUAAGUGGACUUUUACUUGCUAUAACGUCAUAACACCUCUACAAACCGCCCUAGUCUUUCCAAAGACGUGUUUCUGAAGGCGUCGCCGUCACAGAAACAGAGACUCGGGACUGAAUUUGGGCUGACUGAGAGGAACUUACCGUUACCGUUUUAGCUAGCUGGCUAGCUGGCCGUCACGUCAAUCUGUCAACCGUACCCGAAAUCCCGACCGGAUAGUUUGAGUCACAUACCGGGCAACCAAACAUUAUCUCCGGUGACACACGAGCCUCAGGGAAGGUGGACUAAUACCGAGAGGAAUCGCUUGCGGUGGGUUAACGCAACCGGUUUGUGCGGCCAUAGGACAGUCAGAGUUUCUGAAGUUCAUCAACUGCGAGCCGGGGACGGAACCGGACAGAGACCUCAUGAAUGGAAAUCGGAACUACAGGAGCCGUUGGGGCCCAGUCCCUGUUCUCCAUGCCACGGAGGCCCGGCUAUGGCACCAUGGGGAAACCUAUCAAACUGCUGGCCAACUGCUUCCAGGUGGAGAUCCCAAAGAUGGACGUCUACCUGUACGAGGUGGACAUCAAGCCCGAGAAGUGUCCACGGAGAGUAAAUAGGGAGGUGGUGGACUCCAUGGUGCAGCACUUUAAAGUCACCAUCUUUGGGGAUCGAAGGCCAGUUUAUGAUGGGAAGAAAAGUCUCUACACCGCCAACCCACUUCCUGUGGCACCUGCAGGGGUGGAUCUGGAUGUCACGCUGCCAGGUGAAGGGGGCAAAGACCGGCCCUUUAAAGUCUCAAUUAAGUUUGUGUCUCUGGUGAGCUGGCACCUGCUGCACGAGGUGCUAACCGGGCGCAGUAUGCCAGAGCCGCUGGAACUGGACAAGCCAAUCAGCACCAACCCAGUGCACGCUGUGGAUGUGGUGCUCCGCCAUCUGCCCUCCAUGAAGUACACACCCGUGGGCCGCUCAUUUUUCUCCGCCCCGGAGGGUUAUGAUCAUCCUCUAGGUGGAGGCAGAGAGGUGUGGUUCGGUUUCCAUCAGUCUGUUCGGCCCGCCAUGUGGAAAAUGAUGCUCAACAUUGAUGUGUCAGCCACGGCUUUCUACAAAGCACAGCCAGUCAUUCAGUUCAUGUGUGAAGUCCUGGACAUCCACAACAUCGACGAGCAGCCGCGACCCCUCACAGACUCCCACAGAGUCAAAUUCACCAAAGAAAUCAAAGGUCUGAAGGUGGAGGUGACCCACUGCGGGACCAUGCGGAGGAAGUACCGCGUCUGCAAUGUGACCCGCCGGCCUGCCAGCCACCAAACGUUCCCUUUGCAGUUGGAGAACGGCCAAACUGUAGAACGGACAGUAGCUCAGUAUUUCAGAGAGAAGUACAACCUGCAGCUCAAGUACCCUCACCUGCCCUGUCUACAGGUGGGACAGGAGCAGAAACACACAUACCUGCCUCUGGAGGUUUGCAAUAUUGUAGCAGGGCAGCGGUGCAUCAAGAAACUGACAGAUAAUCAGACGUCCACCAUGAUCAAAGCCACGGCGCGCUCCGCACCAGACCGACAGGAGGAGAUCAGCAGACUGGUGCGCAGCGCUAACUAUGAAGCCGACCCGUUCGUGCAGGAGUUUCAGUUUAAGGUCCGGGAUGAGAUGGCCCACGUGACGGGGCGCGUGUUGCCCGCGCCCAUGCUGCAGUACGGGGGCAGGAACCGCACUGUCGCCACACCGAGUCACGGCGUUUGGGACAUGAGAGGAAAGCAGUUUCACACCGGCGUGGAGAUCAAGAUGUGGGCCAUCGCCUGCUUCGCCACACAGAGGCAGUGCAGAGAGGAGAUCCUCAAGGGUUUUACCGACCAGCUGCGCAAAAUCUCGAAGGAUGCUGGGAUGCCGAUUCAGGGUCAGCCGUGUUUCUGUAAGUACGCUCAGGGGGCCGACAGCGUGGAGCCCAUGUUCAGACACCUGAAGAACACUUACUCUGGACUGCAGCUCAUCAUCGUCAUCCUGCCUGGAAAAACCCCCGUCUACGCGGAAGUGAAGCGUGUUGGAGACACUCUUCUAGGAAUGGCCACUCAGUGUGUGCAGGUGAAGAACGUGGUAAAAACCUCCCCGCAGACGCUCUCCAACCUCUGCCUGAAAAUCAACGUCAAACUCGGCGGCAUCAACAACAUCCUCGUGCCGCAUCAACGGCCAUCAGUUUUCCAGCAGCCAGUCAUCUUUCUGGGGGCGGACGUUACACAUCCCCCUGCAGGAGAUGGGAAGAAACCGUCCAUCGCAGCGGUGGUGGGCAGUAUGGACGCUCAUCCCAGCAGGUAUUGUGCCACUGUGCGCGUCCAGAGACCCCGUCAGGAGGUCAUUCAGGAUUUGUCCUCAAUGGUGCGAGAGUUACUCAUCCAGUUCUACAAAUCCACUCGCUACAAGCCCACCAGAAUCAUCUUCUACAGGGACGGUGUUUCUGAGGGCCAGUUCAGACAGGUGUUGUAUUAUGAGCUGCUGGCCAUUCGAGAGGCCUGUAUCAGUCUGGAGAAGGAGUACCAGCCCGGCAUCACGUAUAUAGUGGUGCAGAAACGCCACCACACACGCCUCUUCUGUGCCGACCGCAACGAGAGGGUGGGUCGCAGUGGAAACAUUCCUGCUGGUACGACGGUGGAUACAGAUAUCACACACCCUUAUGAGUUUGACUUUUACCUCUGCAGUCAUGCUGGAAUACAGGGCACCAGCAGGCCCUCCCACUAUCAUGUCCUGUGGGACGACAACUGCUUCACUGCUGAUGAGUUCCAGCUGCUCACCUACCAGCUGUGCCACACGUAUGUGCGCUGCACCCGCUCCGUCUCCAUCCCCGCGCCAGCCUACUACGCCCACCUGGUGGCCUUCCGCGCCCGAUACCACUUGGUGGACAAAGAACACGACAGUGCCGAGGGAAGCCAUGUCUCCGGACAGAGCAACGGCCGGGACCCCCAAGCGCUGGCCAAAGCUGUGCAGAUUCACCACGACACCCUGAGGACCAUGUACUUUGCCUAAGCCAGCUCACGUUCAUCUAGUCAUGCACACAAACCCGACAACCACACACACACACACAUGCUGACAAACACACACACCUCCCAGAAUCCUGUGCGUCCUGAAGGGUCGAUCUCUGUGGCGAUUGAAGCACGGCCCACCCGACACUGUGCAGCAGGACGAGGAAGGCCUUUAAGGAAGCCGACCUGCUUUAAAACCACACAUGGACCUCGGCGCUAUUAUGCAAUAUUAAACCAGCCAACUGAGGCCGUUCUGUCAGAUCCCCCUCCAAAACCAAAAGGGAAGUCCGUCUGUAUAUCCCUCCCGCUCCUUUUCCUGUCUAUAGACGUCACGUUUUAAUCACUUCCCCCCCCCUGCCUGUCACGCCUUGUACCUCAACGUCUUUUCUAACA